UAUAGCAUAUUUUUUGUUCCUGUCCAAUAGCUUUAGAUAGUGUGCCCCAGUGUUCUCUGUACCUAGUUUCUAACAUUUUUGUUUUGUGUUAUCGCUGUUAUCAAAUAUACUAAAACAUGAUUGCUCAAAGCUUUGCUGUUCUGAUGCUGGCGAGCGCGGCUCUCGUUGCUGGUGUGCCGAGGGAUUUCAGCAAUGUUGACCCCAACACCCUCUCAUGCGAUCCCCAUGGCCUGGUGUUCCUGCUGCUGCCUCACUUCGAGGAGUGCGACAAGUACUACAUGUGCAGUCACGGCAAAGAAGUGGAGUUCACUUGUCCUGGAGGGACCAUCUUCAACUUUAUUCUGCAGACAUGCGACUGGGCGUGGGCUACCAAAUGCUGGCUGCGAGAGAUCAUUGAAGAGAUCGAAGGCUCCGGCGAGGAGUCCGGGGACUUCGAAUGGUUCAGCUCCGACAACGCUCAUGGCAAUGCUGCCCUCGUUCCGUCAUCAGGGCAGGUCGACAACGUGAAGGUGGCCACUCCCACCAAGUUCUCUGCCAUCCUGGACUGCUCCAACCCUUCCGCUGCUGUCCGACAGCUCCCAUACAAGGGUGACUGCCAGCGCUACUGGCGUUGUAUUGAUGGCCUCCCUCAGUCGGUCUACUGCUCAGACGGUCUCUUCUUCAACGAGAAGUCCCAGCAAUGUGACUUCGAAGGCAACGUGAAAUGCAACGUCAACCACGAAGACGAAUUAACCGGAGAAUUCAUCGUUUAUAAAUGAAUAUAAAUACGCUAUUGGUGCUGAUUCCUGUGCACACAAUUUAAUUUUAAGUCAUCCGUCCCUUUCCUUUCCGGUGGAUAAGAAAAUGACAGCUUAAAAUAAAAUUAGGUGACAGGAAUUAGGACCAUUAAAUAACCAAGAUUAGGAGCAAUCUCUAACUAGAUACUUAAAUGGUUUGUUGGAUAUUUAUGUCAUGAUAUGAAUAAAAUAGAGACACUAAAAAGGUGCCCAUUCUUGCGUUGAAAGCAUACUCACUCAACUAUUAACAACUAAACUUUAUUUUAUAUAAGUUUGACAACUUUAAAAAUAGUGCCGAACUUUACUUACAAUGAGUGCAGAAAAGAGAUAAAGCUAGUUUUAGAACUGUCAAAGUAAAAUGAAGUUUGUGUGACAGAAGAGGCAUCUAUAUAAA